AUGGUCCGGCCCGUGUUGAUCUUCUCAGCGCUAAUCGCUUUGGUCCAUGGGAAGCUUAACACGAGCGCUCUAGUUUCCAAUACUUGUGACUUGCUCAGUCAAUGGGCACAGAUAUCUCCUUUGAAUGGCUCUGUAAGCUACGUCCAGAAUGAGCAGACCAGCGUCAUGUCACUCCUUCCAGACUGUACAAAUAUUCUCGAAAAGGCAGCUGUGCUUUGUUUGAGUGACUCAGAAACUUGCAAUCAGUUUUCUCUUUCAUGGGCCUUUUCUCCAUCUUCUAAGCAUGUGAACAGCAAAAAUGACGAAAGGAAGCUGAGACGAAACGUGGACGUCGAAAACCGUUCUUGCCAGUAUGAGGAUGCGUCAUCUACUGCUCACUCUGCCAUCAUGGCAAUGUCAACCCCAGCACAGACCAUUUCAACCUUGGCAUCAACUACAGGAAAAGUAACCGCGAGUCUUGAAAUACCAACGGGAAAUGAAGAAAGGUGUAGCUCCAAAGGACUAGUCCCAACCUCUGCAGCUUAUGAGUCACUUGGCUCCACUGCUAAAAUUGAAGGCCUUUCCGCCGAAGCUGGUCGUGCAUGCAUCAUCAAGUUGCUUGACUUCAAUUCCACUCCGCGUGGGAAAUGUUAUUGUUCCGACAAUACGACUAUUGAUUACGUCAACGGUGAAUGUGAAGUCUACUCGUGA